AUGAUCGACAUCCACCAGCCUGAUCACCGAUACAGCUCCAAGAUUCAACCAGAUGAUCCUCGUGAUAGCGACGAGGAUGGUUCAAGUUCCCCCUCCCCCUCACUUAUUCGACAUCACACACCCCGACCACCUCCACCUGAAGGGUUUGCUCAUAGGCAUCCAGGAAGCACUCUUUCAUCCAGCACAACCGCUCCACUUCAUCGUUCGAUCCUUCAUGAACAUCGAUCUUCGGUCAUCAUCGACUCCAAUCCAACCACAUACCCUGAGCCUUUGGGAUUCUUGGCUCGCGCUCGAGAGACCUGGAAUCAAGAACGAGCACGGUAUGCCCGCUAUCUCGAGCCAGAUGGUCAUAUUCAGCUUGAUGAAGUUGACGAACAAGGCGGUACCUCGGCUGAUGAGCCUCGAGAGAAUUCGACUCUCAAGGCAUCUCUUAGCCCACGUGACGUUGCGCUGUGGAGAUGGGUCAAUCUAGAUGAUCUAGACGCUUUUUUGCAAGACGUUUAUGGAUAUUAUUGUGGGAAGGGCAUUUGGGCAAUUGCCCUGGCUAGACUCUGCAGUUUGAUGACUGUUGGUUUUGUCAUAGGGUUCUCUACGUUCUUAGUGGGCUGCAUUGAUUAUUCGACUCUUAGGAAAAGUCACCAUUUGGAAGAGGUGAUCAUUCCAAGAUGCGUGACAAGGUUUUCCGGUCUCACAUCCUCACUAGUCUUAUGCUUUGGUGGAUUUUACGUGUGGAAAGUGUUAAGGUUCAGCCAGGACAUCGCAAAACUCUGGCAAAUGCACGAGUUUUUUUCUAAUCUUCUAGAGGUUUCAGAGGUAGAGAUCCAGACUAUCCCAUGGCACGGAUUAGUGGACAAAUUGGCGGCUUUAAAACACCAACAUCCUUCCUCCUACACUGCCCCUGAGCAUCGACGAGCCACCGCAACCUCAGGUCAAUCUGUACUUCAACGUAAGCUCGAUGCGCAUGAUGUCGCAAAUCAAAUCAUGAGGGAGGAAAAUUACUUGAUUGCGCUUUUCAACAAAGACAUACUGGAUCUUCGCCCCCCUCUUCCAAGCUGGAUGUCGGGAAAUGCACUCAUUGGUGAUCGCCAAUUGACUACAUCAUUAGAAUGGAAUCUUGAGUUUUGUUUACGUGGUUACCUCCUCGAUCAGCGAGGACAAGUCAAAUACGAAUUUCUGGAUAGUAGGAAUAAGGCUCACUUGGCCGCGGGACUGCGACGUCGCUUUAUUUUGAUGGGUAUCAUCAAUGCAAUACUUGCGCCUUUCAUUGUGAUAUAUGUCUUGUUGUAUUCGUUUUUUCGUUACUUUGAGGAAUAUCAUCAAAAUCCAUCAUCUAUUGGCUCACGGAAUUUCACCAAGCUUGCGCAGUGGAAGUUCAGAGAGUAUAAUGAAUUGCCUCAUCUUUUCCAAUCGCGUCUUUUCAAAAGUUACUCAAUAUCUAAACAAUAUGUCGAUCAAUUUCCUAAGACCAAGACAUCUAUCCUGGCCAAAUUCGUUAGCUUUGUGGCUGGAUCAUUCGCUGCUGUACUGAUUUUACUUUCGAUCUUCGACCCGGAUGCGUUUCUACACUUUCAAAUCACCAAAGAUAGAAGUGUUCUCUUUUAUAUUGGGCUCUUUGGUUCCAUUCUUGCUAUCUCGCGAGGCAUGAUACCGAAAGAGUACGAAGAAUCGAUCGAAACACCUGAAGUGUUAAUGCAGCAUAUCGUACAGCAUACUCAUUACUUACCACCUCAUUGGUAUGGUAAAUUACAUUCGCUCGAUAUUUAUACUGAGUUUUGUGAAUUGUUUCAACUGAAGGUGGUUAAUUUCUUACGAGAAUUGAUGAGCGUACUUUUAACUCCGUUCAUUUUGUGGUACGGAUUCUCUGAUCAAAGAUGUGAACGGAUAGUUGAUUUCUUUAGAGAAUUCACUAUUCAUGUUGACGGAAUUGGACACGUGUGUUCUUUUGCUGUGUUUGAUUUCAGCAAGUUGGGAAAUGUGAAUUCACCAGGGUAUCUUCAACCUAAUCCAAAUAACACUCCACAUCCACCCCGUCAACAAGUUCCAACCUCAAGACCUACGCCUCAUCCGCAAAAUCAAUCCGACGUGAACAAGAUGGAACGCUCGCUGCUCAGCUUCGUUGCUCAUCAUCCUAAUUGGGAGCCUUCAAACCAAACAGCUUCGUUAUAUCUCUCCAAGGCAAUCGGUUUCUCGGCCGCUGAUUCGGCUAUCCAUCAGAGUGGCAUGCAACCUCACCACAUGAACAUUCCUCCUCUUACUCAACGCAACAGUCGUUUGAUGGCUCACUCUAGUCUAUCUCCCAAUCACGGGGCAAUGAUGUUAGGAGCCAAAUCACGCCUGCUUAAUCCAAACGCACCUACUGGUCCACCGAUGGCUGGUCGAAUGAAUAAUAGUAUGAUGGUCCCGCCAUCGGCAGUCGGAAUGCCUGGUGCUGCUCACAGGUUGCACCAAAGUGGAAUGAAGUCACAUCAAUUCAAUUCUUCAAUAUCACCACGUCGAUCUACGAGCGU